AUGGCUAAACAAGAAUCAAAACAACCAGAAAUAUCACAUUCUUUCAUUCUAAUGGGCAUAGGUGCCCUUAUAUUGAUAUUGGGUGUGUUUGGGCUAGCAUCUAUAAUGGCGAAAAGUGGUACCACAAAUCCAUCAAAUCCUAAAAACCCUAUAUUACAAAAAACCAUGAUUCAGGGGCUUCCAAUAAUAGCCAUUAUAAGUAUCAUUGGUUUGGUAUUUUUCAUUAUUGGUGGAAUCAUGUUUUCUUACGAAAGAGAAAUGAGGGAAAAAGAAGAAUUGGCAAGAUCAAAGCCAUCUCAACAGAAUAUCACAUUAACAACGAAAGUUAACUUGAAUACCGACGGAAAGAAAACAGAUGUCGAAGAAUACAGGUUAUUGACCAGUAAAGCCUACAAGGGACUCAAGCCUGCUGCUCCGGGUUCUAAUCAACCAAUUUUAAAUGCCGCCGAAAAGUUGGCCGAGGAUCCUUGGUGGAUUCCAUGGGAAAACAUAACACUCGAUCCUCAAAUUCUGGGUAAGGGCAAUUUCGGUCAAGUUCAAAAAGGAAUGGUAUAUGACAAAAAAACAGGACAAACCGUCACGACAGCAAUUAAAACGCUGAAAACGGGAAAAGGUUGGAAAAAUUAUAAAUGUAAUAAAUUUAAAGGUAACAAAUCCACUGAAGAUGCCUACGAUGUAAUGGUCGCUGAAAUGGAAAUCAUGAAAAAGAUUGGUUACAAUCCCAAUAUUGUCAACUUAAUAGGUUAUUGUGAACAUACCGGUGCGUUAUAUGUGGCUAUAGAAUUUGCUCCUUAUGGUGAUUUAAAAACCUUUCUUAAAAAGGCUAGACAGACAAAACAAGAAUUAGAAAAAAAAGGCGAAAAAUCUAAGAAUCCGUUGUCGACCACACAAAUGUUAAAAUUCGCAUUGGACGUGGCUAAAGGGAUGGAACAUUUAGCCAAGCAUGGAAUAAUUCAUCGCGAUUUAGCGGCAAGGAACAUAUUAUUAGCAGAGGGAUCUUAUGGAUUAACUACAGUGGCUAAAGUAGCAGAUUUUGGAUUGGCUAGAGAUAUGUCUGCUGUGUAUGGUAUAUACGUUAAGGAAUCGAAGUCAGGAGAGUUACCGAUUAGAUGGACAGCACCAGAAGCUAUCUUUGAUCAUGUUUUCACAGAAAAAUCGGACGUAUGGGCAUUUGGAAUUUUAUUGUGGGAAAUCGUAACCCUUGGGCAAAAUCCUUAUCCCGAUAUUCCACAAAAUGCAGAUUUUUAUAAUAAAUUGAAAUUGGGAUACAGGAUGGAGAAGCCACCUGAAUGUGAUGAUGACAUUUUUCAAGUCAUGAGAUGGUGUUGGAAAACUGCUCCUUCCGAAAGACCGACAUUUGCUUUAUUGAAGAAGCACCUGGAUAAAAUGUUGAAUCAAAGACAUGCGCAAAAAUACAUAUCUGAAGAGGGUGGUCAAAGUUUGAAAAAUGCUUGA